AUGUCCCUCUCCAGGCAGCAGCUCAGCUCCCGCUGCUUCCCACCCUGCGAGGUGACCUGCCCAGACCCAUGCGCGUAUGCCUGGAAUGAGCCCUGCGUCACCUCCUGCGGGGACUCCCGUGCCGUGGUCUACCCACCGCCCGUGGUCAUCACCUUCCCAGGCCCCAUCCUCAGCUCCUGCCCUCAGGAGAGCUUUGUGGGCACCUCGUUACCGGUGGAGCUGGGCCGCCCCAGGGGGCUGCAGGGCUCCCUUGUCUAUGGGGGUUCCUUGUCCUCCUCUUCCAGCCAGGUGUGGAGCCAGCGCUACAGGGGCUGUGGGCCAUGCUAA